AUGGCGCCAAUUGUGGAAGAUGUCAGCUUCAAAACCCUCGAUGGGCUCACACUGGUCGGUAGACUCUAUCCUGCCGACAAGCGUGGCCCCGGAAUCAUAAUGACACCUGGAUUUAAUUGCGUGAAGGAGAUGUUCGUGCCCGAGGUUGCCGAGCGAUUUCAAGCAGAAGGUAUCACGGCCCUCAUCUACGAUCCGCGCACACUGGGCGAGAGUGAGGGCGAGCCUCGAAACAACGUCGACCCCAUGAUGCAGGUGUCAGAUUACUCGGAUGCAAUGACCUUUAUGCGGAGCGUUUCUAUCGUGGACCCAGAAAGUAUCGCUUUCUGGGGACAGUCAUUUGCCGGAACGAUUGCACUUUGCGCUGCAGCGCUCGACAAACGAGCUAAACUCUGCAUCUCAAUUUGCCCUCUACUCAAUUUCGAAUUAACACCGGAAAAGUUUCCCCGCGUGCUGGCGAAGAGUAUGCGGGACCGAGAGUCCCAAAUUUCCGGCAAUGCCGCUAUGUAUUUACCUGUCCUCACGGAGAAAGGGGAGAACCCAGCAGGAAUGGGCAUUGGUGCCGACAAAGAGGAAUUUGAUUACAUGAUCGUUAUGUGGCAGCCGCAUGGCAUCAUGAAAUAUAUGGAUCCAACCCCUGUGUUGAUGGUGGUGCCGGAGCUGGAUAUGAUCUCACCACCGGAAGAGCAGUUCGCUUUGUUUGAUACUUUCCCUGAACCGAAAAAGGUGCACAUUGCGCCCGGAAAGGGUCAUUUGGACGUCUUGAGUGGAGAGGACUUUCCGGCACUUUCAGCAAUGCAGGCAGCCUUUCUACGGGAGCAGAUGGCACUUUUGAAGGCUUGA